UUGGACAUGGAUCCUAUCAAAAGUACCCAAGAUGUCAUCAGGUGUGACCUUUUAAAGCCUACAGUGCAGAAGUACUGUGAUUUCUGUCAUGUCAACCUGUGCCUCUCUUGUAUAGGAAAACAUAUUUCUGAUGAUUAUGACAAACAUAAGGGGCAUGCCUUUUCUGCUCUUUUGGAUAUCUAUAAAGAAAAAAGAAAAGUCAUUACAAAAGACACAGAAGAAUUAGAAAAUAUUUUGUCUCCAACCUAUGAUGGAAUAGCUACUGAGUUAGAAACUCAGAUAGCUAACUUAGAUGGAGAAUAUGAUAAACUCAUAACAUAUGUGUUAAAUCAGGGUGAAGAAUGGCAUAGACAAAUUAAAAUCAUUAUGGACAAAAUGAAAGCAGAAAUUGAAGACAUAAAAGUGAAACACAUGAGCAUCCUAAAAGAACACUUGGAUGAAAUUAAAAAGGAAGUUAUCAGGUUACAGGGCUGGGUACCUAUCAAUCUCUGUGUCACCUCCUCUGGUGAUCUCCUGGUUACCAUGCACAAAGAUGACGAAACACAAUCCAAAAUUGUCCGCUAUUCAAACUACAAAGAGAAACAAACAAUCCAGUUUGAUGAUAAGGGUCAAUCUCUGUUUUUAGGAACUAACUCAAUUAAGUACAUCACUGAGAACAGAAACCUAGAUAUCUGCAUAGCUGACUGGGAGGUAUUUUAG